AUGGAGGAGGAGGGGGGUGAACUUGGAAUGGUCACCUGCCGGUGCCGAGCGCGCAAGAGCUGGAAUAGGGUUGAAUUUGGAAAAGCAGAAGAUUGCGAAGUUGCCGUCAAUGUGCAGUUAGUGAACCAUAAAACGUCGGAUGAAGGGAUGAGGAUGAUGAAGGAAAACGUGCGCGGGUCCUUCGAACUGCCUUACCAUGAGAAGCAAAAGUCGGCAGAGAGACCAGGAAGUCUCGAAGGCUACAGGCAGGCUUUCAUCACCUCUCAGGACCAGAAGCUGGAGCGGAACGGCAUGAUCUUCCUCAAAUGCCUGCCUUCUCAUGCAAGAAAUCUCGAUCUGUGGCCACAAAAUCCCCCAAAAUAUGAUGUUGACUACGAAUACCUAAUCUAUCGGGACAGCACUAGAGAAGUACAGCAAAGGUUGAGGAAAGCGGCAGUGGCGGUAGUGAAGUACAUUGGAAUGGCAUUGGUGGUUCAUGAGGGUGAACUGCAGUUGAUGAAAUGUUUCCGAGAAGGGAGUUACGAGGUCAGGAUGAAUUACUACCCACCAUGCCCGGAAUCUGAGAGAGUAAUGGGCCUAUCGCCACAUGCUGACAACUCAGGGAUCACCAUGUUGAUGGAGUGCGGCAACAUGCCUGGCCUUCAGGUCCUCAGCGGGGACGGCCGAUGGGUCACAUUUCCACCUGUUCCUAGCAGCAUUGUCGUGAAUUUAGGUCAAAUCAGGGAGGUUUACAGCAACGGAACAUACAGAGCACCGGAUCAUAGAGCGGUGGUGAACAAAGAGAAGGAGAGGGUGUCCAUAGUGACCUGCUAUCCCAGCCCAUCUCUUCCAGUUGGAUCUUCUCCCCAGCUCCUCGCCGCCACUGGACUCACCCCUCUCUACCAAACCCUUUCGCACUCUGAAUACUUGCAAAGCUUCUACAACCGCAAGCUCAAUGAUGCGGUUCCCAUCAUCAAGACCCUCAAGCUAUAG